UUCUUGAGGGAGGACUUGAAUUACCACGACCCAACAGUCAAGCACAGCACCUUCCAUGGAGAGGACAAGCUCAUUAGCGUGGAGGAUCUCUGGAAGGCCUGGAAGACAUCUGAAGUGUACAACUGGACAGUGGACGAGGUGGUUCAGUGGCUCAUUACUUACGUAGAGCUGCCGCAGUACGAAGAGACCUUCCGAAAGCUGCAGCUGAGCGGACACGCCAUGCCCAGGCUAGCAGUGAACAACGUCACCAUGAUGGGCAGUGUUCUGAAAAUGACGGAUCGGAGCCACAGGCAGAAGCUGCAGCUGAAAGCCCUGGACACGGUGCUGUUUGGGCCUCCCCUCUUGACCCGUCACAACCACCUGAAGGACUUCAUGCUGGUGGUGUCCAUCGUCAUCGGAGUGGGGGGCUGCUGGUUCGCCUACAUCCAGAACCGCUACUCCAAGGAGCACAUGAAGAAGAUGAUGAAGGACCUCGAGGGACUCCACAGAGCCGAGCAGUCUCUCCAUGACCUUCAGGAAAGGCUGCAGAAGGCUCAGGAGGAGCAUCGCUCGGUGGAGGUGGAGAAGGUGCACCUGGAGAAGAAACUGCAGGACGAGAUCAGCAUCGCCAAGCAGGAGGCACACCGGCUGCGAGAGCUGCGGGAGGGCACGGAGAACGAGCUGAGCCGGCAGAAGUACGCCGAGCAAGAGCUGGAGCAGCCUCAGAGCGCGGGGCUGGCGGCAGCGGGGGGGAUGUCCUUGCAGGAGGCCGGGCUGUCCCCUGCGCUGCUGCAGCGGCCGCUUGUCCCGCAGCUCACGCAUGAGGUGGAGGUCCAGUACUACAACAUCAAGAAGCAGAACGCCGAGAAGCAGCUGCUGGUGGCCAAGGAAGGGGCUGAAAAAAUCAAAAAGAAGAGAAACACCCUGUUUGGAACGUUUCACGUCGCUCACAGCUCAUCUCUAGAUGAUGUUGAUCAUAAAAUCUUAACUGCAAAGCAAGCGCUGAGCGAAGUGACGGCGGCGCUGCGGGAGCGCCUGCACCGCUGGCAGCAGAUCGAGCUGCUCUGCGGCUUCCAGAUCGUCAACAACCCCGGCAUCCACAGCCUGGCCUCCGCCCUCAACAUCGACCCCAGCUGGAUGGGCACCCCGCGCCCCAACCCCUCGCAUUUCAUCAUGACAGACGACGUGGACGAUCUGGACGAGGAGAUCGUCUCCCCCAUGUCCAUACAAUCUCCUGCCUUGCCCAGCACCGUUCGCCAGCGCCUGGUGGACCCCCAGCAUGGCCACGGAUCUCAGAGGUUGGUAGAGAGUUAUGUGCAAGGCCAGAAUGAAUCGGGCCAACCUGCCCACUACCGGGCGGGCAGAGUCUCUCUCCGUCGAAUGCACAGCCUCUCCUCCGGACAGUCUUUCAGUUCCGACCUGCCCGGCACCAACCUAUCAUCUGCUGCCACCACCACCGCCACCUCUUUCACCUCUUGCUCCUCCUCCGCCACCACCACUCCUGCUCCUGCUUGCCAUGUCCACCCUGUCUAUUAUCAUCACACCACCUCCUCUUAUUUCCUUCAGAUGGACUCCAUCCCCAAUCUACCCCCUCCUGAUGUCACCUCUGGAGUUCGCUGUCGCACUGAGAGCUUUGG